GAGCAGAUUCGCAUCUUGCAGAUUCGGGUGAAGGCUUUGGAGAUGGAGCUUGUACGCAUGAAGUCUGAGAAGGUCUCCGGAGAGACCUCGGGAUUCGCAAAGGUCCAACAGGAGCUCCUGGACGAGUUGCAAAAGCGCAAGGCGGUUCAGUACGAGCUCAUCUGCACUGGGCAGCAAGUGUGUGAGCUGCAGGAGAAGCUCAACGAGCAGGAGAAAAUGAUCCGAGAGAUGGCAG